GCACUGAGGCCAGAGAUGAGGAAAUCAUCACUGGCAAGUGAGGAAUAGUGGAUCCUCAAUUUCUGAUCUUUCUAUAAAUACUGCUCCCAGAACUAUUGCCACUGCUAUAGGCACUUCUAGACUGAGAAGAUGAAGAGAAUCUUGUCUGGUGCUUUGGUCCUUUACAGUCUCUUAGGAGCUAUUGCUCAGACAGACAUGACAGGGAAGGUGUUUGUAUUCCCUAAAGAAUCAUUGGUACACCAUGUUCUCCUAAUUCCCCAGAUGAAGAAGCCACUGCAGAAUUUCACUGUGUGCCUGCGUGCCUACACUGACCUCACCCGUUCCUUCAGUCUGUUCUCCUAUGCCACCAGAGAAAAUCACAAUGAACUCCUACUAUUCAGGCCCAGAGUUGGGGAGUAUGAUCUGUACAUUGGGAAUGAAAAAGUUUCUUUUAAGGUCAAUGAUGACCUUUCUUUCCCAGUCCAUUUUUGUGUAAGCUGGGAGUCAGCUACAGGCAUAGCUGAACUGUGGAUAAAUGAUAAGCCCCUAGUGAGAAAGGGCCUGAAGAAGGGGUAUUCAGUGGGAGCACAGGCAAAGAUUGUCCUGGGGCAAGAGCAAGAUUCCUUUGGGGGAAGUUUUGAGAGCAGUCAGUCCUUUGUGGGAGAAAUUGGAGAAGUUCACAUGUGGGAUUUUGUACUUUCUCCACACCAGGUUCAUUCUUUGUACAAACGUGAGACCUUGAGUGCCAAUAUUCUAGAUUGGGGAGCAUUGAAUUAUGAGAUAAAAGGUUAUGUGGUCAUCAAACCCCAGCUGUUGUCCUGAGUGUCUGGGCCAUUAGCAUGCUAGUAAACAUAACUGACCAACAAGUGGAUAAUUCCUUCCCUAGCAGGUUAGAUCUCAUGUACCUAGAUCUGAGGGUCUUUGUGCUACUCAGUUGAAUAAUAAAGAAUUAAAAUACCCUUAA